AUGCGUGGGUAUCUUAACAAGGACAUUUCUAUUGCAUUGUUUGAGUUGGGAAAUUACUUUCAACAGUUAUGUUCAAAAACAGUGAGGGUGAAUGAUUUGGAAAAAUUACAAGAGAGCAUAGUACUCAUACUUUGCAAGCUAGAAAAAAUUUUUCCACCUGCAUUCUUUGAUGUGAUGGUUCACUUAGCUAUUCACUUGCCUCGCGAAGCCAUUCUUGGAGGGCCAGUGCAAUAUCGAUGGAUGUACCCUAUCGAAAGAUUACUCGGGAUUUUGAAAGGGUAUGUAGCAAAUCGAGCUCACCCAGAAGGUUCAAUUGCAGAAGCUUACAUUGUCAAAGAAUGCCUAACUUUUUGCUCUAUGUAUCUUGGUGGGAUUGAAACCGUAUUUAACAGAGAGGAAAGAAAUGAAGAUGGUGGUGAUGUUGGCUCAGGGCAUUCAGUUUUUUCACAAAAAGUCCGUACUUUUGGGCUCACUCAAAGGGCAGUUGACGUGUCUGAGAAUGAAAGAAAAGUGGCUCAUUGGUUUAUCUUGUAUAAUAGUCCUGAAAUUGAUGAAUAUCUAGAGUAUGUUCUCAUUUAGUUAAGUCUAUGCAAAAUGCUUUUCAUUAUGAUCACACUCAAGUACUAAUUAUUCACAUUUGAUUUUUCAAGUAGAGAACACAAGAAUCAGUUACAAAAUGCAAAUGUACAUGACAUUACAAGACAACAACAAGAAGAAUUUCCUAGGUGGUUCAAAGAGCGGGUAAUAUAUAAGAUACAUAGAUAAUAUGUAACCUCUCAUCAUAAACAUAAUUCACUGUUCGUAGAUUGAUAUUAACAUCAUGCAUCCUUGUCACAUGUUCAUGUAGAUAAAUCAAUUACGAGCUGAAGGAUCAUCGGGAGCAACUGAUGAGUUGUGGUCAUUAGCUAAUGGUCCUAGUCCAAUAGUGAAUAUUUAUUCAGGUUGUAUUUGUAAUGGCAUUCGAUUCCACACGAAAGAGCGAGACAACCGUCAUAAAAGUCAAAAUAGUGGGUUGGUUGUUCAAGGGGAUCAUCAUGGUAUGUCAAUUGAUUUCUAUGGUCAGUUGACUAAAGUUUGGGAAAUACAUACAUGUUCGGGCAUCGAGUUGUGUUAUUUCAAUGCGAAUGGUUUAACA